GGCUUUGGAGGCUGUGGAGCCUGGGCAGAGCUGAAGUGUCUGUGAAGGAGAGCGGAGCUCGCUGUGUAUGGCAGGCUAUUGCUGGCUACAUAGCCAUAUCGAUAUACACAGACUGUGUGCACAAGAUAAGAAUUUCAGAGUGGCAUUAACACCUACCCAUUUUGCUAUGUGACUCCUUUUAAAGAACUCAAGUACCAUCUUUAAAAAGUUCUCACGGGAUAAUACACUUAAAAAGCCAUGGGGAACCAUCUAACUGAGAUCGCACCCAACACCUCGUUUCUACCUACACUUCAGACCCUACAUGUGGUGGUUAUAGGGUUGGACUCUGCUGGGAAGACCUCUCUUUUGUACAGACUAAAAUUUAAGGAGUUUGUGAAAUGUGUUCCCACUAAGGGCUUUAAUAUGGAAAAGAUAAAGGCCCCAGUUGGGAAUUCCAAAGCAAUCACUUUUCAAGUCUGGGAUGUAGGUGGCCAGGAGAAACUAAGACCCUUAUGGAAAUCCUACACCAGAAGGACUGAUGGUAUGGUGUUUGUUGUGGACUCUUCAGAGCAGGAAAGAAUGGAGGAGGCUAAAGUGGAGCUACACAAGAUAACCAGGACUUCUGAAAACCAAGGUGUGCCUGUCUUAAUCCUUGCUAACAAACAAGACGUAACAGAUGCACUCUCUGUAACGGAGGUGGAAAAGCUGCUAGCGCUCCAUGAACUUGGUACAUCUACCUUGAGUCAUAUUCAAGGUUGCAGUGCAAUAGAUGGCAGAGGUUUGCAUCCAGGACUUGAGAAACUUUAUGACAUGAUCCUAAAGAGGAAGAAGAUGCUGAGACACAGCAAAAAGAAGCGGUGAAUGCAUUUGCCACAUUUAUCUUCUAAGUGUUCUAUCAAUAAAGGAGAACUUCACUGUUUUAAUGGAAGUUUCCACCUUGCUACUGUAUUAGCCAACUGAACUAUGGCUCUGUAGUUUCUGGUAAUGGGCCAGGCUGGUAAAAUCAUCACUAUUCAGAAAAGUGUGUCUGCUGAAGAAGCCAGCACAACCUCACAUGCAAUCUAUUUAAAUUGGAAUGAAUCUAUUUAGCGGUACAUUUUGAUAGGAGGAUAUGGACACCUGGGGGGAAAGUUGUUUUGUAGAAAACAGAACACGGGUUUGUUUUUCAUGAACAUGCAACGACCAAAGGCCUUGGAUGACCUGUGCACAUGAAGAACGCUGAAGGGACAUUUACUUAUUUAAUAAAGACAUGGGGUAGCAUAUACUGUUUAUAUACUUGAUCACUCGCUUAGCAUUUUUUUAAAGAGUAUUUGGGUAUUUUUAAUCCCAAGUCUCCUUACCACAAAAUGAACUGUUUGAUUAUUUUGUACAAGCCUUGUAUGUUUGUAGGAUGGUCACUUAAGUUAUUUAUAGUAAAUAAAUGAAAAGUAGAUCACA